GGAAGAGAAUUAGUCGCCUACCAGUACACCUGUCUUGUUAAUGUCAAAACUAAGAUGACCACGCUGCUUCCAAUCUGAUACUGAUUGAUUUUUGAAGAUGCCGUCGCGUUGUGAAAUAUGCUGCGAGAUAAUGAUCGCGAUCUUGCUUCCUCCAAUCGGAGUUUGCUUUCGCCACGGUUGUUGCAGCGUUGAAUUCAUCAUCUGUUUGCUCCUCACAAUUCUAGGUUAUAUUCCUGGCAUCAUUUAUGCUCUCUAUGCCAUUAUCUUCGUUGAUCGUGACCAGUACUUUGAUGAAUACAGGCGUCCUCUCUAUUCGCAAUACUGAUAGUUUAAGUUCGAAUGCAUUAUUGAUGUUCAUGUCUUGCUCGUGUGCGUAACUUCUGCAAAUUUAAGUUAACGUGCUUAUGGUUUUGUAAUCGAAAUUGAAUUUGCUUAUGGUUUGUAGAAUCUAUUGUUUUCGCUCUUGAAACUUCAACAAUUUUUAUGCAAUCAGGAUUCUUGUGUGAUGCCUUUUGAUUUUUCGUA